ACUAUAGAUCGAAUGCAUCCACUUGGAAAAGGAGCUUUUGGAGCCGUAUAUGCUGGACACUUUAAGACUCAGGAUGGUGAAAAAGUACCCGUGGCUGUUAAAAGUCUUCGCCUAGUUUGCACAGACAAAGACCAGAGACUCCCUUGGAUUACCGAGACAGAAAUGGCGCAGGUAUGUUCAAAACGUACCAUCCAAACGUCGGGUGCGCGGACCAACUGUGGAAGUCAACUCAACCAUCCCAAUAUCGUGCGCUUUUAUGGAUUUUGCAUGGAACCUACAGACAGUAAUAUCCUUCUCAUUUUUGAGAAACUUGACAAAGGCGCAUUGGAUACGUUUUGCAGGAAGUUGAACUAUCGAAUGAGCGUAAAUGAAACGGUUGAUUGGCUUUGUCAAAUAGCCCGCGGUAUGGCACAUUUGCACGCUCAAGAACCUUCAAUAGUCCAUGGAGAUUUGGCCGCGCGUAAUGUUUUGGUAACUACUCAUCCAGUGGAUAAAGCUAGGUUCAUUAUGAAACUCACGGAUCUAGGAAUAUCAAAGAGGACACGUUCGGAAACGUUUGCCACAUACGACGAUCCAAACAAAAUCCCGUGA